UUUCCCUGAACGUGAGUCUGAGACGAAAAAAUAGUUGAAGGAAAAGGAACACCGGACGAAGUCUUUGGCAACAGUAAGAGGAAAUCCCUGCAAUUUCAACAGAAACGAAUACACAUCCCAAGAAGAAGGACAAUUUGGUUCAUAACUAACGGAAGAAGAUGAUCUGUUGAUCUCUCACUGUAUCAUCAAAUUCAAACCAUGCGCCUUCCUCUUCAAUACUGAGCAUGAACCACUCUCCACAUCUGUCUGAAGGAAUCAAUUCGACAGGAGGUGAUCUACUGUGUAGCCUCGGUAUGGAGUCGGACAGGGGGAUACGUUCUGCCCAAAGUGUUGCCCAAACCCCAAGUCCUAAUGGAGAAACCCCCAGCUCCAGCCCUCCACUGCUGCUUUCACCUGGGCUAGGAGGCCUGGGCCUGGGAGCUUUGGGCAUCAUGGGUGAGACUCCUGGGGCAGAUUGGGAAAGCCGAGAAGAGCUGAGGCUCAGAGAGCUCGAGGAGGCACGGGCCAGAGCAGCUCAGAUGGAGAAAACUAUGAGAUGGUGGUCAGAUUGCACUGCAAACUGGAGAGAGAAGUGGAGCAAGGUUCGUGCAGAGCGUAACCGUGCUCGUGAUGAGGUCCGCCACUUAAGGCAGAGGCUGGAUGCUCUGACCAAGGAGCUGACCAGUCUUCGACGGGAGCGUCAAGAACUUGCAUCAGAGAAUGAGAUGCUACGACAGGAUGGGGUACAUCUACGUAGUGAUUUACCAGCUCCUCUUCCAGCCAUAAAUUCUACCUUCACCCCUCCACACCACCUCUGUGCGUUUUCUGCCCCUUCCUCUCCGUCCGUUGCACCCUCUUCCCCCACCUCCUCAUCCUCGUCAACGCAAGUCCACACUGAUUGCCACCUAGACAAGUUAGGUGAGGCAAUACUUGUGUCACCAGAGCCAGAACCGGUGCGGGACAUGGACAUGAAUGCACAAAAAAAUGGUCAACAAAAGCAGGAUAUGACACUUCAGUCUGUGCUGCAUUUACGAACUCCAGUUGGCGAAACCCAAGGGGCCUGUGGCAAUGGUGGCAUUAAUCCACCUGGAACGCGCUCUUCUUCUGGGCCGAGCCGACAAGAACGCAACAGGCAGCUGUGGGGAGACAUGAGCACUACAGAGGAUGACUUAAGCAAACUCUAUGCCUUACAGCUUCGUCUGGACGAAUCCCAAAAAGUCCUCCUGAAGGAAAGAGAAGACAAGCUUGCAUUGAGUAAGAGCAUUGAGAAGCUGGAGACGGAGCUCAGUCAAUGGAAACUUAAAUACGAGGAACUCAGCAAGACUAAACAAGAAGCCCUGAAACAGCUGAAUCUGUUGAGGGAAAUGCAUCAAGAUGAACUUGGCCGCAUAUCUGAAGACCUGGAAGAUGAACUGGGAGCUCGUACCAGUAUGGACAAGAAACUAGCUGAAUUACGAACUGAGAUGGAGAGGUUGCAGGUGGAGAAUGCAGCAGAAUGGGGCCGCAGAGAGCGUUUGGAGACAGAGAAACUGGCACUGGAGCGAGACAAUAAGAAGCUGAGGGCUCAGACUGAGGAUUUGGAAGAACAGAUGGCAAAGAAGCGCCGCCAAGCUGCGUCAGCAAUUGACACCGACUUCAAGGCCAUCCAGACUGAGUUGUUUGAGAAAAACAAGGAGUUGGCUGAUCUUCGUCACAUUCAUGCAAAGCUGAAGAAACAAUUCCAGGAAAAGACAGCAGAGCUCGGCCAUGCCAACAGGAGGGUGGAGGGCCAUGAGGCUGAAGUCAAAAAGCUACGACUGCGGGUGGAAGAGCUGAAGAAAGAAUUAGGACAGGCUGAAGAUGAGUUGGAUGACUCCCAAAACCAGACAAGGAAACUCCAGAGAUCUUUGGAUGAACAGGUGGAGCAGACCGAGAACCUGCAGGUCCAAUUAGAACACUUACAGUCCAGACUUCGGCGGCAGCAACUCAGUCCUGGUCUAUUUGGGAAGGUGCGAUCAACUCGGUUCAGCCCUGAUAACCCAGACGGUCCAAACAGUGACAUGGAUGAAGAAGAGGAGCAACUGCAGCUCCAGAUCCAUGGAUGACACGAAUAAACACAUGAACAGUGGAAGUGCUAACAGCAAUGUCUAAUAUAUCUUCAAAAAUGCCAUCUCACUAAGAUGAUUAUUGCCAUUGAGAGAAAAAAGGAGACAUUUAUCUAGCGUGAUGAGAAUUAUUACCACAGCAGCGCUAGCUCAGUAGGAAGGGGAGCCAACAUCAGAACUGUACCCAUAAAAUGUGGGAGAGGCUUGCCAUGACGACCCCUGAUGGGAGGUGCUUACUGUUGCAACAACAGUACUAGCUCAGUAUAUCAGGCGUGUUGGAGACUGAUCGGGAGUUGCAGUAGAGAUGCAAUUUGUCUCAUUUCUGCAGCAAGUCCAACAUUCCACUUUUUGUUUUCUUUUGGGGACUUUUUUUAAAUCACUGGACUGCAAACAUCAGGACAUUCCUGGAAUAUCAAUCUCUGAAUAAGAUGACAAACAAAAUUAUUUCUGUAGUUGGAAUUAUCUAUGUGAAAGGUUUGUGACAAGUUUAUGUAUUUGUAAAAGUAUACAUAGUAUGACACCCAGCUAUGUUCUUUUCUUUUUUUUUUUAAAUGGAAUGUUGAAGGGUUCAUAUAGUCAUUAAAAAAUUCUGGAAAUAGAAAAUUAAUUUUCCAGGUCAUUGAAAAGUUAUUGAAAAAUAGCAGCCUCUAUUAAGUUUGAUAAAAGUCGUGGAAAUAUUGCGUGGCUAAUACUUUGGAUGCUUCAAACAAAAAAUAACAUAACGUGCAGUAUGUAAAUUGACACAGAAGUAUAAUGUCAUGUUAUGUAGGUAAUGCGUAGUUUUGAUGCCACCAAAGAAGAAGAACAGUGUCUGUAUGCCGCUGUGCACGUCGAAGUAUGGCUGAACUUUGUUCAAAUAAAUGACCAGUCGGCUUCACGCAACACCUCCAAUAACUUUUGAUUGUGUGAUGGAGUUUGUGUGACUAUCAUGGUUAAAUACCAUGUUAAUAUCCAAACUCAAUUCCAAUCAAGUUGGAACAUUGUGUUAUACAAAUUAAUACAGAAUGCAAUAAUUUGCAAAUCAUGUUCAACCUAUGUUUAAUUGAAUACACUACAAAGACAAGAUAUUUAAUGUUUAAAUCGAUGAACUUCGUUUUUAGAAAAUAAUCAUUAACUCUGGUGACAAUAUGUUCCAGAAAAGCUGGGACAGUGUCAUGUUUACGACUGUGUUACAUCACUUUUCUUUUCUUUUUUUAACAUCAUUCAAUAAACAUUUGGGAACUUAGGACACUAAUGUUUGAAGCUUUGUAGGUAGCAUUCUUCUCCAUUCUUGCUUGAUAUCCAGCUUCAACUGUUCAACUGUCCGGGGUCUCUGUUGUUGCAUUUUAUGCUUCAUAAUGGCCCACAGAUUUCCAAUGGGAGACAGGUCUAGACUACAUGCAAGCGCGUAGCCGCUCUCUUUUAUUAUGAAGUCACACUGUUAUAACAGAUGCGAAAUAUUGCUUGGGAUUGUCUUGCUGAAGUAAGCAGGGGUACCCAUGAAACAUAUGUUGCUUGGAUGGCACUAUAUGAUUCUCCAAAACCUGUAUGUGCCUUUCAGCAUUAACGGUGCUUUCACUAAUGUGUAAGGUACCCAUGCCAUUGACAUUAACACAGUCCGAUACCUUCACAGAUGCUUUCGCACUUUUCGUCCGUAACAUUCUGUCUGGAUGGUUCUUUUCCUUUUCAGCCUCGAGACCACGAUGUUCACAAUUUCCAAAACAAAUUGAAAUGUGGACUCGUCAGACUGUGAAACACUUUUCCACUUUGCAUCAGUCCAUCUUAGAUGAACUCAGACCCAAAGAAGCUGAUGGCAUUUCUGGGUGUUGUUGAUAAAUGGCUUAUGUUUUGUAUAGUAAAGUUUAAGUUGCACGUAUGGCUGUCGUGCCAAAGUGUAUUGACUGACAUUGGCUUUUUGAAGUGUUCUUGAGCCCAUGUGGUGAUAUCCUUUACACAUUGAUGUUAAUUUUUGAUGCAGUGACGAUGCUGAGGGGUCGACGGUUACGGGCAUUCAAUGUUAGGUUUCAGCCUUGCUGCUUAAAUGCAGUAAUUUUUCCAGAUUCUCUGAAACUUUUGAUAUUAUCGACUACAUAAUGAAAUCCCUAAAUUCUUUGCAAUUAUACAUUGAGGAACAUUGUCCUUAAACAGUUCAACUAUUUUCUCACGCACUUUUUGUCAGAUUUACGCAACUGAUGACAGUUGAAAUACGACAUUAGAGAUCACGUCAGCAGUGUGCCAGGUUCAUGCAACCAAGGACAUUUGAAGUAUGAUAUUCAAGGAAGGAAGACAAGAACUUUUACUCACGAGGUUAAUGUAGGGGAUGUGUACAGUCACAAUCUCCCCAUUCUGCCCACAUCCCUAUGAAUCCUCUCUUUUAUUUCCUUAGGGCAGUCUGCAACGUAAUAAACAAAACAAACAUAAGCAAAUGUGAGUCUUGGCAUGUCUUGCACUCUAGAGCACAGAAUAUUUGUGAUUAGUGCGGAGCGCAGAAUUUUCCAGCUGCACUUUUGUGACAUCUUCUCUGGCUCAUGCUGCUUCGCAUGCAGCGUGCCUUUCUUUGUUGCAUGAUAUUGUUCAAGCAUAUUAAGUAUAGCAAAAGAGCAAAUAUGACGUAACUUUAUUUACGAUUAAUCUGCACUUUUUAACAAAGAGGUGAACGUCUUUGCUUGUGAAUGACAGUGAAGUUCCUUUUGUACUAAAUCAUGGCACACACCUGUUCCCACUAAGCCUGCUCACUUCUGGGAUGUUCCUAAAAUAUGUUUGAUGAGCAUUCCUCAACUUCUUUUUCACCACCUUGAGGAUUAAAUAUCUUGUCUUUGUACUGUAUUCAAUUAAAUAUAGGUUGAACAUGAUUUGCAGUUUACCGUACUGUAUUUUGUUUUUGUUUGCUUACUACAUUCCAACUUCAUUGGAAUUGAGGUUGUGCAUAAUUUAGCAGAAAUGGAGUGUAACGGAACGACGGAGAGAGCAUGUCAAAGACCUGCAGCUCAGCAAUGCUCUUAAAAGGUGAGGAAAAAUUAAAAAAAAUGUCCUCUGCCGACAUUGAGGCGACUAACAGUUAAACUGGAAUUAAAACAAUUUAAAUGCCAGUAACAGCUCACAUGAACAUAAUUAUUUAAACCAAGCAAGCGUGUGCGCUAAAGACACUGUACAGAAUGCUCAAGCACAUCGUCUUUAAAGGUGGAUCUUAUUUUUCUCAACAGGCCUGUUUUUGAGAUUAUACUGUAUUUGCUGCUAAUCUGAGUUGCCAAAUUCUGUUUAAAAUCUACACAGUUGUAGUGCAGUAUUCUUUCAGGAUUAGACAUUGAUGUGUAUUCAUGUAAUUUUCAACAAUAUUGCUCUCUUGUGAAAGUGUAACCU